AUGGCUACCCCCAAUGUCCUAGCUUUUGACGCUGAGGGUAGAGCCAUUGACUUUGCAGUCUGGAUUGAGGACCUGCACCUGUACUUACUGUGUGAUGCGGUCGAUGAGGUCUCUCUCUUUGACUUUGUCUCUGGCGCUGUCCCUGCCCCUCCUCCUGAUGCUGAUUCCGCCGUUCGCUCCAAGUGGGCAACCCGCGAUGCUGCUGCACGUCUUGCUGUGCGUCGCCACCUCCCUUCCUCCGAGCGUGCCCACUUUAGUCAGUGCAAGACCGCUCAGGCCUUGUACGACGCUGUAGUUGCACGCUACUCCUCCCCUUCCUCCGCUACGCUGAGCUGCCUCAUGCUACCUUUUCUCUUCCCUGACCUCGCUGCCUUUCCCACUGUCGCUGACCUCAUUACCCACCUCCGCGCUAGUGACGCUCGCUACCGCGCUGCCCUUCCUGCUGAGUUCCGCGCCGCCAACCCUCCUCCCAUGUACAUCACUCUCUACUUUCUUGUCACCCGUCUCCCUGAGUCCCUUCGUGUCGUUAGGGACCAGUUUCUCUCUGUCUGUCCCACCACCCUCACUGUCGACCUCCUUGAGGAGUCCCUGCUAGCGGCUGAGAAGAGCAUAGUCGCUGUAGGGGCCUCUCGGGGUGACCCUCGCACCCCCAUCUUUGAGGGGUGUUCUCCUUCCCCCCUACUGCCCUCUGUCGCCUCUGCCGCUGCGGCCGACCUCACUGGUUUUGAGUCGGUCGGUGCGGCGUCUGCCCCCAGCGGUAGACGCCGCUCUGGCAAGGGCAAGGGGGGCAAGGGAGCGGGUGGAGCUAGAGGAGGCAGUGGCGGAGGAGGUGGGGGUGGCGGGGGGAGUGGGGGUGGCGGUGGAGGUGGUGGCGGGAGUGGAGGUACUGGUGGAGGCGGUGGAGGCGGAGGUGGCGGCGGAGGCAGUAGCGGAGGAGGCGGGGGCGAGGGUACCAGUGGGGGCGGUGGCGGUGGAGACGGGGGCGGUGGUGGAGGCGGGAGUGGCGGUGGCGGCGGGGGUCGGAGUGUCUCGUCCCAGCGCAGCAGCUCUGGGGGUGGUCAGCGCCAGCAGCAGCAGCAGCAGCAACGCUCUCGCACCGUCCCCGCCCCUCAGCAGCUCCGUGAGUGGUACUUGCAGCGUCAGCGUGGUGGUGCGUUUGGUCCCUGCCCCUACGUUCUUCGCACCGGCGACCGUGCGGGGGAGAGGUGUGGAGGCACCCACACAGCCCGCCGCUGCUUUGGCCGCCUGACCGACGCCUGGCGUCAGCAGUUUCCGGAGGCCGCUGAGAUCCCCCGCUGGGGGGAGCUGUCUAGGGCUGGUGUAGCCAUUUAUGAUCUUGACUUUGAUGCUAUUCUUUCUGCUAUGUAUGUUGUGACUGGUAGUGAUGAGGAUGACUGUUACCGGUGUUUCCCGCCCGACCCGGGCAUUGGUACUGCUGCGUCAGGUACUAGUGAGGCUGCUGCUCUAGGUGCCAGUGCGUCUGUACUCUCAGGUACUGGUGAGUCUGCCCUCUCAGGUACUUCGGCCGGUUGCGGUGUCCCUGGCUGA